AUGGCAGAAACACUGCCGAGGUAUGUCAUACUCCAAUCAGAUUAUAAUGGUAGAUACUUGCGCACUGUUGAAGGAAAUUCGCAGGUACCUCUGGCUCUCAAAUUUGGAGGUGAAUACAGUUUCGAUCGUGACACGAGGUUUGAGUUGGAGAAGGGGAAAGACGAUGAUUCUGUUGGAAUGUUCAAUAUCAGAUGUAUGUACAACAAUAAGUACUUGUCAACUGUGGAUGCGUCCAAUAACUGGAUCACUGCAACUGCUUCUGAACCUGAGGAGGAUCAAACAAAAUGGUCGUGCACACUUUUCCAGCCUGUUUUCGACACUGCUGGCGAGAAUACCAUGGUACGAUUUCGCCAUAUCGGUACUGGAAAUUUCGCUUGCUUGCAUACGGGCUCUUCCACCCUCGUUGACUGCUUAAAGGCGGAUGGAGAUGGGUACGACAAGUUUCUUGUCAUCAACUGGGUGUCCGUAGUGAUGUUCCCGAACCGGAUCGUAAUCAAGGGGGACAAUAACAGGUACCUCCGUGAGAGGGGCGACACAUUCUUGGCUUUUGACACUGAUAAACUUGAGGGAUUUAAUACGGAAUACGAGGUGACUCCAAGUCGAAAUGGAGGCCUACGCAUUAAGUGUCUUUCUAAUGGUAAAUUAUGGAGAAAGGACAAUGGUUUUUGGGUAGGUGCAGACGGAUCUGAUGGCGAUAACCACAUCACCAAUAACAUGUUUAUCCCCGUCAAAUUGGCAGAAAAUCUGGUGGCUUUCAGAAGCCUCAGAGACAACCUUUACCUCAAGAGACUAUCGUAUGAUGGCGAGGACGACUGCCUAGCUGCCCUCAACAAAUAUGUUGACGAGUAUUCUCGCCUGAAAAUCGAGGAUCCUUGUAUAUCAAGGAAAAUCGAUAACGUCGUUUUUCGGAUCCCUGCUGCAAAUACAACUAAAGGAAAACCCGUUGUGCUUAUAAACAAAAGGGUCGAAAAUAACACCUUAUCGCCCAUGACGGUAGCAAUAGAUCUCAGAUACUCAUAG